GAUCUGCCAUCCUUUCUAGUGUGCCAUGUCUGGUUCAUCCAGCAUCGCGGCUAUGAAAAAAGUGGUUCAACAGCUCCGGCUGGAGGCCGGGCUCAAUCGGUUGAAGGUUUCCCAGGCAGCUGCAGAUUUGAAACAGUUCUGUCUGCAGAAUGCUCAACAUGACCCUCUGCUGACUGGAGUAUCUUCAAGUACAAAUCCCUUCAGGCCCCAGAAAGUCUGUUCCUUUUUGUAGUAAGGCAAAUCUUGACAAGGUUUUCCAAACCACGUUUCAUAAACCAGUGAAUAUUCAAAGGAAAGCUAAAUUUGAAGCCUGUACAAAAGCCUCUCUGUAACGUGCCAUACUAUACAAACUUCUACUUUUGUCAGUCCUUAAUGUCUACCUCUCUGAAUAUUCAUAAUUUUCUGUUUCAUAAGGGUAAUUAUUUUAUAUACACUGAUAGCAACAUACAAUAAAAUACUUAGUAUAAAAAAA